AUGGAUUGUGGCCUAGACUUAGAAGAAAUAAUUAAAGAUGAGCAAGACUGGUUAGAAAUUAUGGUGGAAAAUGGCUAUAUACGAGUAUUUGAUUACUCUGGGUUCAAUGAAAUCAAUGAAAUUGACGAAGAAGAAAUGGUUCCUGGUACGCCUUCAAUUUACGCAAAACUUUAUAAAAAAUGUUGGAAUACUAAUCCAAAAAGACGCCCGGAACUUGAAGAAAUUUUACGUAAGAUUCAACAAUCUAGGGAAGCAGCCGAAGAAAUUACCAAUUGUAUAUCCUAA